AUGACUUUAUUAAAAAUGUUUCAUGUUGGACUGGGGGUUAGCUUAGAGUCCCAAUACAUCCUAUGGGUCUCCACUGUGGUGCAGCGCUACUACAUGGAAAAAGCUUGUCUCCAUCUUUUAAACCUUAAUGAAUCUGUAUCUUUGAAUGUUGUCUUAGAAUAUGAUGGAUCUAAUACUACUAUUUUUGAUCUGCUUGUGGAAGAGGACACCGUCUAUGCCUGUGCGAAUUUCAAGGUCUCUCACAAGUCCUCCGAACAGUUGGCUUUUAUCACAUUGUUGGUGAAGGGAGAUACUCUUAAAAUCUUUGAGAGAAGAUCUGUAGCAGUCUCUUCAGAAGAAACAGUAACUUUUGGGCAGACAGAUAAACCCAUCUAUAAACCUGGAGAGAAGAUUAAGUUUCGUGCUGUGACACUGGAUACUCAGUUCAAACCUGUUGAGGAUUUGUAUCCUUCAAUCACACUUCAGGAUCCUCAAAACAAUAUGAUUUUUCAGUGGAAAAAUGUCAUUCCUUUCCAAAAUAUUACUCAACUCUCAUUUCAACUGAGUUCAGAACCCAUGCUUGGGGAUUAUACAAUUGCUGUGGAGGGAAAAUCAGGACAGACAUGGACACAUCAAUUUACUGUUAAUAAAGAUGUGUUGCCUAAGUUUGAAGUUCAGGUCAGCGCACCAGAAACAAUAACUAUUUCAGAUGAUGAAUUUCAGGUGGAUGCGUGUGCCAAGUACACCUACGGCGGCCCUGUACAGGGAAAAGCCCAAAUCCGAGUAUGCAGAGAAUUGUUGGCUUCUACCGGCUGUGAGGAAGGCGUCAAUGAAAUAUGUGAGCAAUUUGUUGCACAGUUGAAAAAUGGCUGUGUUUCUCAAACUGUGAAUACAAAAGUUUUCCAAAUCAAUCGUUCUGGACUUUUCAUGACGUUUCACAUCAAUGUAAUUGUGACAGAAUCUGGGACAGGUGUGCAGAUCAAUACAAAAACUUCUAUUGCUAUCACAGAAUUGCUUGGCAGUGUGCACUUUGAAAACAUGGACAAUGUCUAUAGAAGAGGAAUUUCUUAUUUUGGAACUCUUAAAUUUUAUGGUCCAAGUAAUGUGCCUCUGGUGAGCAAGUUGUUGCAAUUGGAGCUCAAUGGCAGAAUCAUAGGGAAUUACACCACAGAUGAGAAUGGCGAGGCUCAGUUUUCCAUUGACACCUCGGACAUUUACGACCCUACAUUCUCCUUGAAAGCCUCAUUCCUUCAACCCCAGAGCUGCCAUCUUCCCAGCUGGGUGACACCCCAUUAUUCGGAUGCCUUCUUUGUUGUCUCACGUUUUUACUCCCGGACUAACAGCUUCCUGAAGAUUGUGCCCGAACCGAAGCAGCUGAGAUGUGACCAAGAGAAGAUUAUCACUGUGCUUUACUCCCUAAACCAAGAAGCAUAUAAGAAUGUCUCAAAUGUGAAUUUCUUCUAUUUGUUGAUGGGGAAAGGCGCUAUCAUCCUCAGUGGACAAAAGGAACUCAGAAACAAAGCCUGGAAUGGGAACUUCUCAUUAUCAGUCAACAUCAGUGCUGACCUGGCUCCUAUGGCUGUCCUGUUCGUCUACACCAUUCACCCCGGCGGGGAAAUUGUCGCUGAUAGUGUCAAAUUCCAGAUUGAACAGUGUUUUAAAAACAAGGUUAGCAUACAGUUCUCUAAGGAGCAGGAGCUACCUGGCUCCAAUACCACUCUCUAUCUUCAAGCUGCCCCUGACUCACUCUGUGCCCUCCGGGCAGUGGAUAAAAGUGUCCUUCUACUGAGACCAGAGCAACAGCUGUCAGCAGAAAGCGUGUACAACAUGCUUCCUUAUAGAGAACUAUAUGGUUAUUUCUACAAUGGUCUCAACCUGGAUGAUGGCAGAGUAGAACCUUGUAUUCCCCAAAAGAACAUGUUUUACAAUGGUUUGUAUUACACUCCUGUACCCAUCUUUGAAGAUGGAGACACCUAUGAGAUUCUCACGCGCAUGGGUCUGAAAGUCUUCACGAAUCUCCAUUACCGAAAGCCAGAAUUAUGUAUGAUGGACGAAAGUGAACCGUAUAUCAGGCCAUUGUACCUAGGAAGAGAAAGCUAUGUGCAGUUUGCCUCGCCUGCAAUGGCAAGUUUUGCAUUGAGAGAGAAUGCUAACCAAGUGCAACAGACUAUGAUAGAAACCGUAAGAACAAAAUUCCCUGAGACGUGGAUAUGGGACCUUUUCAGUGUUGAUUCCUCAGGUUCAGCAAAUCUUUCAUUUGUCACCCCUGACACUAUGACUGAAUGGGAAGCAAGUGCCUUCUGUGUGAAUGGAAAGGCUGGAUUUGGCAUUUCUUCCACAGUCUCUCUGCAAGUCUCCCAGGCUUUCUUUGUUGAAAUCGCUUUACCCUUCUCAGUGAUCCGAAAUGAACAAUUUGAUUUGAUUGUCAGUGUCUUCAGCUAUCUGAACACAUGUGUGGAAGUAUCUGUUCAACUAGAAACAUCUCAGAAUUAUGAAGCCUAUAUUAACACCCUAAAAAGCAAUGGGAAUGAUAUCAUCCAGGCUGGAGAGAAGAAAACAUAUGUCUGGACUCUUAUACCUCAAAACUUGGGUAAAGUGAAUAUCACUGUAGUUGCCGAGUCCAGACAGAACAGUGCAUGCAUAAAUAAAGCAAUUGAUCAGCAAAAUCUAAACUGGAAAGACGUCGUUGUCAAAAGCAUAUUGGUAGAGCCUGAAGGUAUUGAAAAAGAAGUGACCCAGAGUUUUUUUAUUUGUACAAAAGGUACCAAAGUCUCCAAGGAGGUAGUGUUGGAGUUGCCAAACGACAUAAUAGAAGGCUCUGCCAGAGCCUUUUUAAUAGUCUUGGGAGAUACUCUAGGAGUUGCAAUGCAGAAUCUGGAGAGUCUUCUCCAAAUGCCCUAUGGAUGGGGAGAGCAAAAUAUUGCCCUUCUAGCUUCCAAUACUUAUGUCCUGGACUACUUGAGGGCUACUAAACAAUUAACAGAGGAAGUUAAAUCUAAGGCAUCCUUUUUCUUAUCCAACGGUUAUCAACAACAGUUGUCUUUCAAAAAUGCUGAUGGUUCAUAUAGUGUGUUUUGGCAGAGGAAUAAGGAAGGAAACCUAUGGUUCAGUGCCCUUACUUAUAAGACAUUUGAGAGAAUGAAAGAGUAUGUAUUCAUUGAUGAAACAGUUCAAAAACAGACCUUAAUCUGGCUUUCAAGCAAACAGAAAGCAAAUGGCUGCUUUGAAAGUGAUGGCCAUAGGUCCAACAAUGCUUGGCAGACUGGAGAUGAAGAAGCCGUUGUACUCACUUCAUCUAUCGUUGUGAUGUUCCUUGAAGCUGGGCUCAAUUCCAAUUUUCCUGCUUUAAGAAAUGGGCUCUUUUGCCUGGAAGACACCUUGGAAAGGGGUGUCAGUAAUGGCUACACACAGGCAAUCCUAGCCUACACUUUUGCAUUAGCCAGAAAAGAAGAGCAAGUGGAAGCCUUGCUCCAGAUCCUAGAUCAGUCUGCCACAAAGAUAGAUAAUAUGAUAUACUGGAAGGAAGAAGAGAAAGACAAGACAGACAAUUUCCCAUCCUUUAUCCCCUGGGCUUCUACUGAGACUGAGAAGACUUGUUAUGUGCUGUUGGCUGUACUGUCCCGAAGAACUCAAGACUUAGCCUAUGCUAGUAAGAUUGUGCAGUGGCUCAUCCAAAGGAUGAACUCCCAUGGAGGCUUCUCUUCCACCCAGGACACAACAGUCUGUCUUCUUGCCAUAACCAGCUACAUGAAAUUAACCUUCUCUAAUGAUCAAAACACAGUCACCUUUAUAAGUGAAGAAUCCGUUGAAAUUUUUGAGGUUAACAAGGAUAACCGCUUACUGGUUCAACGUUCAGAACUAACAAAAGCGGAUGGACAAUACACAGUCGAUGUGGAAGGACAAGGUUGUACGUUUAUUCAGGCCAUCCUCAAGUUUAAUGUGCCACUACCCAAAAAAUCAUCUGGAUUUUCCCUUUCUUUGGGAAUUGUAAAGAAUACUUCUGCCGAUGAAUUACAAACUAAUUUUGACCUUACAGUGACCCUCAAAUAUACCGGGACUCACAAUAACCCCGACGUGGUCCUUGUGGAUGUAAAGAUGCUCUCAGGAUUUACCCCAAUCCUGUCAUCUAUUGAGCAGCUUGAAAACAAUGGCCAUGUAAUGAAGACAGAAGUCAAGAACGACCAUGUACUUUUCUACUUAGAAAAUGUUUUUGAUACAGCAAACAGUUUCACUUUUUCUGUUGAGCAAAGCAACCUUGUGUCCAACAUUCAGCCAGCUCCAGUCAUGGUCUACAAUUAUCAUGCAAAAGAAGAAUAUGCCUUUGAUUCUUACAACAUUGAUAGUACUUCUGUUUCCCAGUGAGACACAGAGAAGAAAUGGGUGGAAAACUAUUUCUUUAACAAGCUCCUCUUCUAUAUCAUCGUAAGAAAGAAUCAUGGCCUGCCACUCAUCUUGAAUAAGCCACAAUCUACCAUGUUUUCUUGUCAAAUUUUGUCUCUUUUCUAUUCCAUUAAAUGCUAUGAUGUCACA